GCACAAUGCCUUUUUCUGUACACGGUUAUGAAUCUGUGAGUCAAGUACCAAAGCUAGGCGCUACUAUCCAUUGUUUUACUGAACCAGUAAUGUCCGUCGCGUGUUAUCACCUCAGCUUGGCUUGGGCCCCUUUACUGCUGGCACUAACAAUCUCCAGUACAAUGCUAAUUUGUUACCUUGUUGCGGUCGUAAAGGGUAGUGUGCUAGCAGAGUUUCCAAUGAUAAGUGCGACUGGCGCUUUCCCACCGGAGAGUUGCAUCUUCUCACAGGGGUUGAAUUUGGCUUCAUUCUUUAGUCUGCUCUGCGUGUAUCUGUGGCAUCGAAUUGCCCACGAACAAACUAAAUAUAUGGGAACAAAACAACCGAAGUGUGUACUGUAUUGGAGCUUGGUCGUGGGUGCGCUUGCGUCAUUGGGACUUUCACUUGUUGGAAACUUUCAGAUGGUCAAUGUGGUAGCUGUUCACGAUGUUGGAGCAAUUAUGGCUUUCGGUGGCUGCACCAUCUACAUAUUCAUGACAACGCAUAUCUGCCGCCGCUAUUUGGGAUAUCGCGCGAUAUACUGGGUUUUACGUUUAUUAUUGGCUCUUGGCUGCCUAGUCAGUUCUCUGAUUUUUCUUGGGUGUCGAAUUACCUACCACACAUUGUAUCACACCGAUUCGUUCGCAUUGUUAACACGAGUUUUGCCGACGGACCCGGGAUACACAGAGUUCAUCUGCAGCGCUUCCGCCGAGUGGGUUUUGGCUUUAUGUAUCAUCAUGUACUUCUUAUCCUUGGCCCCGGAGUUUCGAAAAUACGCUUUGCAAAUGCCUCAGGCUGUCGGGAGUUCUAUGUGGAACCAGUCAAGCAAAUGAAGACACGGAGACGUUAACAGAUAAACAAAGAGCUUCAUAAUAACUUACUUAAUUUUUUGCCUGCUGCCUUCGCUACCGGUAUUACCGCCUUUUGUACUUUGAAAAUAACAAAUGAUUUUACAUAAGCCAUUUAUGUUUUAUGGGUAAGUGUCUUGCAUAUAAGUAUCUCAUCU